UUCAGGCCGCUCGGAUCUGCCAUGAGCUACUACUACUCUUCCGCCUCCGAGGAGGAUGGCAGCUCCCAGUACUUGGGCAGUCCCAACUACAACCUGACGACGCACCCCGUUUCUUCGCAGGAUUAUGGACAGUCGGCCUUCCUAUCGCCGGAAUGGCAAUUCCUGGAUGUCCCAGGCGGAACUCAACCAGAGAUGGCAUCCUUAUUGGAGAUCCCAGCUCGAAGCAGUGAACAGCAUACCAAGCGGCGGAGCAACAGCUCUACGGGAUCAGAUGGAAGGAAGAGCAGUUCCGGCAGUGAGCAGACCAAUCUCAGUCCCACUGUCCAGAAAAAGAGACGACAGGCGGCCAAUGCGCGGGAAAGGAAGAGGAUGAAUGGCCUGAACGAGGCCUUCGAUCGUUUGAGGGAAGUGGUGCCCGCUCCGUCCCUUGAUCAAAAGCUGUCCAAGUUCGAGACUCUCCAGAUGGCCCAGUCCUAUAUCCUAGCCUUAUGCGAUCUCCUCAACAACGGCGAUGUGGAGGUGGAUACCGCAGCCUACACAAUCUUCGGCGGCAGCGAAAGUAACUUCGGGUUGAGCGGAGGAUCCUUAUCAUAGAUGGAUACUUGAAAACAUUCUGUUAGAUUUAAGCUAUGUGAUUUUCUUCUUACUGUUGAAUAGGCUAAAGAUA